AUGUCGACGAAGAGUGCGCAAGGCAAUGGCAAUGGCAACAGCAAGAAGCCUACUUCUCCGGCUGUGAACUUGAUCGCUGGUGGUGGCGCCGGAAUGAUGGAGGCGCUCGUAUGUCAUCCUCUAGAUACCGUUAAGGUCCGGAUGCAGCUUUCGCGGCGUGCCAGAGCCCCGGGUGUAAAACCCCGCGGGUUUGUUGCCACUGGUGUUGAGAUUGUGAAGAAGGAGACCGCUCUGGGUCUCUACAAGGGUCUAGGAGCUGUCCUGGGAGGUAUUGUUCCCAAGAUGGCUAUCCGUUUCACCUCCUAUGAGUGGUACAAGCAAAUGCUUGCGGAUGAGACGGGACAUGUCACAAGCAAAGCAACUUUCCUUGCCGGUCUCUCUGCUGGUGUUACCGAAGCUGUGGCAGUCGUCAACCCUAUGGAAGUCGUCAAGAUUCGUUUGCAAGCGCAGUAUCACAGUUUGGCCGACCCUCUCGAUGCCCCUAAGUACCGCAGUGCCCCGCAUGCACUUUUCACCGUGAUCAAGGAAGAAGGGUUCAGCGCUCUUUACCGUGGUGUCUCCCUGACAGCCCUCCGACAGGGAACAAACCAGGCCGCCAACUUUACUGCAUACAGCGAGCUGAAGGCUGCGCUCCAAAAAUGGCAGCCCGAGUACGCCGAUACUCAGCUCCCCUCUUACCAGACGACCGUGAUUGACGAGGCUGCAAAAACCCGUGCUGAGCCUGGCCAAUCAGCUGUGUCGCGUAUCAUGGCCAUCGCCAAUGAUAUGUUCAAGCAGGAAGGUGCACGCGCUUUCUACAAGGGUAUUACUCCUCGUGUGAUGAGAGUGGCUCCUGGUCAGGCCGUCACCUUCACCGUGUACGAAUUCCUCAAGGGCAAGCUGGAGAAAUCCAACUGGGCCUUUGUGGGAGGACAGGUGAAUGUCGGCCACACCGCUUCUGACCUUCCCCUCAGCAGUCUCCAGAGACAACACCGCAGCCCGGUUGACAAGUCACAUCUACACAAGAGACCAGGCUACGGCGGGUGUUCGUUGAAAAUGCAGUCAGGAAUCUCGGUCUCUUCGGAGCUACAUGAUGCCUUCAAUAACUUCGUCUCGGACUCAUCAAUCUUCUGCCUCCCGGUGAAUAUCACCGCUGAGAGCCUGACUCCCCUUUCGCCCAUCCCCUUCUCCUCUCCGGGUGCUUUCUACCCCUCUCUCUCUCAGCUCUCCUCCGUCCUCCAGCCGAAAACCCCCAUCUAUCUUCUUCUUCGCCGUCCGGAGUCUGGGUCAUCGUCCCUCGUCGCCUUGACCUACAUCCCCUCCAAUGCUCCGGUGCGCGCCAAGACCCUUUUCGCUUCAACCCGUGCAACGCUGGUGAGGGAACUAGGCAGCGAGAAGUUUGCCUCGACGGUCUUCGCAACUGAAGAGGAUGAGAUUGUGGGUCAGGAGGCGUGGAAGGAAAGAGAUGCCGAGAAGAACGGCUCUAGCAAGAGCCGUUCUCAGCGCGAGGAGCUCAUGGGCGAGAAAGAGCGGGAGUUGGAAGCCGUCCGGAGAGCCGAAGAUGAGGCGAGAAGUGGCACCCCCGGUAGGGACAUCGGAAUCGGGGGUUCCUUUGCUAGAAGAAAUGGUGGUAUCGGAGCACCAUCCAGCAUGCAGUACAAGAUGCCUGUGGAUGACGAGGCAAAUAAUGCUCUGGGCAGUCUCCAGCCGGGUGACCUGGUGCAGCUGGCCAUUGAUAUUCCAAGGGAGACAUUCGUCCUUGCUGGGGUAGAGAACGGGACUGUCCCCAGCUCCGUCGAGUCUCACAUCUCCCCAUCUUCGCCACGUUAUACAUUUUAUCAUUAUCCCGAUACUGACGUGGUGAUCUUCGUCUAUACUUGCCCGUCGGGUUCGUCGAUCAAGGAGCGUAUGCUAUAUGCUAGUUCCCGAAUGUACGCCCUCCAACUGGCCGAAGACCAAGGUCUGAAGAUUUCUAAGAAGAUCGAAGCAUCUUCGCCCGACGAGAUCACAGGCGACAGGCUGCAGGAGGAAUCGCGUACAUUCAAAGCAGUAGAAAGCAUCACUGAUUCCUUCGCCACCGCAGACGAUGCACUUGUUCUGGUAGUUACCGAACGAGCACUCAUCGCAGAUCCGAACGAGAGUCGUGGGGCGCACCGUGUUUGUGUCGAGGCGCGUUUGACUACUUUGGAACAGACAGAUAUGGCUGAAGGGACACUGGCCUCGGCAGUUGUACUGCCCGAACAGGACAACCUUCCCCCAUCCCCGGAUGCUGGUUUGAAGCGAAGAAAUUCCGUUGCGGAAGCCGACUCAGAGAGCAAACGCCGUCGCCUUAGCUCACAACAAGAGCACACGGGCGACCGAUCACCUGCGGAGCGCAAACAAUCUUCCCCGGAUGGAGCGGAACGUAAACCAGAACGGAGGCCCGGCCGAGGUGGACGUGAGGAGGAACGCAAGCGUGGACAACGUCUAUUCGGUGCUUUACUGGGGACGCUUUCGCAGAGCUCGAAUUCGGCGGCUCAGAAGCGGCGUGCGGAUAUUGAACGGCGACAACAGGAUAAGCUUAAGUUGCAGGAUGAAGAGUACGACGAGUUGAAGAAGAAGAGACGGGAGGAACGGGUCGCUCUCCGGAAGAAGGAGCAGAGGCUCUAUGAAGAGGAAUCGAUGCGCACGCGACACUCGAAUCUACUGGCAAUGUCUCAUUUCCUCAAGACAAAAACUGAGCCUGUAUUAUACUAUAAGCCAUGGCAGCUUCGGUCCGGAGAUGAAGCGAUCAUACGUGAACAGGUUGAAGAAGCAGAAGCCACAGUUGCUCGAGAGGUCGCAGAAUUCGAGGCGCGUUAUCCAGCCCAUGAAGAGGAGCCUCCGAAGAAACAAGACGAGGGUGCACAACAAGAAGACCGUGACCAAGCCCCUGAACCUGAAGCAGAACUUAAAGAGGACAAGGAUGCAACCCGUGAGACUGACACGUUGGGUGCUGAGACUAACCACAACAGAGACUCUGAAGCAGCUCCACACGAUGCUACGGCUGCUACUACUAAUAAUAUAUCUAUCAAUAAUGACCAUGCAGACGUUCAUCGAGGAGCUGACGACGACGGUGGCGAGGUUGUCGAGGAUAACGAGGAUACAGUGAUUUACUAA